CCUGAGGGCGGAGCUAAUUCGGGCUCCCGUAUCCGGCGCUCUGGCCGACAAAGGCGCUACUCUAUGGCAUCUCGUGUCCCCUCUGCCUGCCUUCUGGAGGACCACACUUGUUUUCUUCUUGGCAGCGAGAGGUCCCGCAGCCGUGGCUGAGCUGGAAGAAAGAUGGCGGCUGCCGUGCGACAGGAUUUGGCCCAGCUCAUGAAUUCAAGCGGCUCUCAUAAAGAUCUGGCGGGCAAAUAUCGUCAGAUUCUGGAGAAAGCCAUUCAGUUAUCUGGGACAGAACAACUAGAAGCAUUGAAAGCUUUUGUGGAAGCGAUGGUGAAUGAGAACGUGAGCCUUGUGAUCUCACGGCAACUGCUAACAGACUUCUGCACACACCUCCCUAACCUGCCAGACAGCACCGCCAAGGAGGUCUACCAUUUCACCUUGGAGAAGAUCCAGCCUCGGGUCAUUUCCUUUGAAGAGCAGGUUGCUUCCAUAAGACAGCAUCUUGCAUCUAUUUAUGAGAAGGAAGAAGACUGGAGAAAUGCAGCCCAAGUGUUGGUGGGGAUUCCUCUGGAAACAGGACAAAAACAGUACAACGUAGAUUAUAAGCUGGAGACUUACCUGAAGAUUGCAAGGCUAUACCUGGAGGAUGACGAUCCUGUCCAGGCUGAGGCUUAUAUAAACCGAGCAUCCUUACUUCAAAAUGAAUCCACAAAUGAACAGUUACAGAUACACUAUAAGGUUUGCUAUGCACGUGUCCUUGAUUAUAGAAGGAAAUUCAUUGAAGCUGCCCAAAGGUACAAUGAGCUCUCUUACAAGACAAUAGUCCACGAAAGUGAAAGACUAGAGGCCUUAAAGCAUGCACUACACUGUACCAUCUUAGCAUCAGCAGGACAGCAGCGCUCUCGGAUGCUGGCUACUCUUUUUAAGGAUGAAAGGUGCCAGCAGCUUGCUGCGUAUGGGAUCCUAGAGAAAAUGUACCUGGACAGAAUCAUCCGAGGGAACCAGCUUCAGGAAUUUGCGGCAAUGCUGAUGCCUCACCAAAAAGCAACGACAGCUGACGGUUCCAGCAUCUUGGACAGAGCUGUUAUUGAGCAUAAUCUGUUGUCAGCGAGCAAAUUAUACAACAACAUCACCUUUGAAGAACUUGGAGCUCUUUUAGAGAUCCCUGCAGCUAAGGCAGAAAAGAUAGCAUCUCAGAUGAUAACGGAAGGACGCAUGAAUGGGUUUAUUGACCAGAUCGAUGGAAUAGUACAUUUUGAAACACGUGAAGCCCUGCCAACAUGGGACAAGCAGAUCCAAUCACUUUGUUUCCAAGUAAAUAACCUUUUGGAGAAAAUUAGUCAGACAGCCCCAGAGUGGACAGCACAAGCUAUGGAAGCACAGAUGGCGCAGUGAGUCCUCAGCUCCGUGCGUGCUGCGUCCAUGGAAGCGCAGAUGGCGCAGUGAGUCCUCAGAGCUCCGUGCGCACUGCAUCGUUGCCCCUUUGUGCGGAUGGAUUCACUGCCCCUCAAAGCAUUUGCAUCGUGACCUUAGACAUUUCAGUCCUUUUUGCUGGAUCCCACUUGAAGAAGAUGCUAGAGCAAGAAGUACAGCAUUUAAACAUAGUAGCUCCCGUGUAAUCUGGGUCUGUGUCCUGAACUAACUCAGACAUUUUGAAAACUUGCUCUUUAAGUGGAAGUGAAAGAUCUGAAGUUUGGGAUCACUUUGUAGUCAUGUAAAGCUUAAGUGCUUUGUGCCUCUCCAAAUGUGGUUACUCUAAUAAAUGGAGCGCUGAGCCAAAUAAAGGUACAGCUU